AUGGCAAUCUAUUCUCAACCCGUAAGAACCCACUUAAUCUACAAUAGACGUAUCAUGCUCAAACUCUUCCAGUAUCAAGAUUUUCUCCGUGGGAAAAGCUUUUUAUGGGCAAUCACGCUCUGUGCCCUCCAAGGCUUUCUCUUGCUUGGCUAUGACCAGGGUGUCAUGUCAUGUUUGAUUUCAGAUCCUACAUUCAACAAGUUUUUUAAGUAUCCUAAUGAAGACUUACAGGGUGAUAUCACUGGUACAUAUGAUUUGGGAUGCGUAGCUGGGUCUAUAUUUUGUUACUUCUUUGGUGAACAAUUGGGUCGUCGAAAGGCACUCAUUCUUGGCGGAACCAUUAUGGUUAUUGGUACUGUGUUCUUGGGAGCUGCUAAUGGUGUUGGAAUUUUCAUAGCUGGAAGAGUUAUUACUGGUAUUGGAAACGGUAUCAAUAGUUCCACCGUGCCAACGUUACAGGCAGAAUGCUCUCCUGCAAAUAUCAGAGGUGCCUUAUUAACACUGCAAGGAACUGUUACCAUUUUGGGAUUGGUGAUUGCUUACUGGGCUGGAUUCGGAACUAGUUUUGUUGAUUCAAAUUUUCAGUGGAGAUUUCCGGUAAGCUUCCAAGCUUUUUUUGCUGUAUGUUUGGUUAUUCAGGCAAUAGGUCUGCCUGAUACUCCACGUUGGCUAGUAGCUCAUGGUCGAUUGAAUGAAGCUAGAAAUGUUAUUGCCUGUUUGCUGGACAAAUCGGAGGACGACCCAGAAGUUGAAAGCCAAUUGUUUGAUAUUAAAACUACCGUGGAUGAGGAGUUUGCAGGAGGUCCAUUCAAGUUCAAGGAAUUUCUCCAGAUGGGUAAAACCCAAAAUUUUCGAAGACUAUGUAUCACCAUUGGCGUUAAUAUCAUGCAGCAGUUUACUGGUUCUAAUAUGAUCAACUAUUAUGCGCCAACAGUGUACCAGAAAACGAUGGGAUUUGACAACCAAAUGAGUAUGAUCCUCGGCGGUUGCACUUCAAUUACAUAUUUAGUUGGUUCUGUUUUGCCCGUGUUCUUAGUUGACAGGUUUGGAAGGAGAACCUUGUUGAUGGUCUCUGCCGGUGGUCUGUGUUUCUGCUUCAUGAUGGUAUCCAUUCUAUUGUCAACAGAGAUACAAGCAGCUGCGUAUGCAGCAGUUGCUUUUAUUUUCAUAUUUCAAAUCUUUUUAGCAGUAGGUUUUCUUCCAGUGCCAUGGUUUUUAGGUUCUGAGUUGAAUAUAACCAGGCUUAGGGCUAGAGCAUGCUCCAUCGCAUCUGGCUGGAACUGGAUGUGUGUUUACGCCAUUGUGAAGAUUACACCAAUUGCCAUGAAAAACUUAGGGUGGAAGACGUUUAUUAUCUUUACUGUCUUGAAUGCCAUGUGGAUCCCCAUUGUGUAUUGCUUCUUCCCUGAGACUAAUGGACUGGAGCUGGAGGAUAUUGACUUAAUAUUUGCACGAGGUGGUUUCACGGGUGGUGUUUUUAGUACUCGUGGGAAGACUGUACAGAAGCAUGCUCAUUUGAACCAGCAACUAAAAACGGGCGAUGAAAAGGAUACCGGAGACAUCGAGUUCGUAGAGGACGUGUCAAGGGCCUAA